AUGAAUAUUAAAUACUUGAUUAUAUUAAUCGUUUUGCUAUUUAAUGGUGGUAAGCAAUUUAAAGUAACCAUAGUCCUUGCCAGCAAAAUCAAAGAAUGUUAAGCCAAAUGUGAUUCAUAAAUAAAUAUCUGUAUUUAUACAUGUGCAUAAUCUUAACUGAGAUAAUCAUUAGAAAGUUAAGCUAAAUGCAAGAAGAUGUGUGAUGGAGUAAACAAGGAGUGCAAGACUUCUAAAUGUUACUUGGAAAGUUGA